AGAGGCUGGUCAAGUGGAUUAGGAUACAAGUACUGCUAACAAAAGAUUUGUUGUAUACACACUCCUUUUCCUUGAAGGGUUGAACGCGUUCUAGUAGUGGACUGUGUUCGGAAACCACCACAUUAAACAAACGUCGAUUGAAAAAUUCUGACUUGCCUCGAAUGAGAUCCUUGUCCUUUGAUGACGACCCCGGCAAACGAGCAAACAAACUAUAAGUUAAGGUGAAUUUUGUACACACUGGCAACUCUAAACUAAUCUUAUUGGCCGGCAAAAGUGAUAACAAAUAAGUCCAACUAAAAUUCUCUGAUAAGCAGACUGCCUGCCCGAAAUAUAAUUUACCGAUUAUAAAAUUUAAUUAAAGCCUACUUUAAUUAAUAACAAUAGAAAAAUAAACCAAGAGAAAUGGAAACAAACCAAAAGUUUACAUUUCGACGAGCUAAAAUCGAGGACAUUGCAGCUGUACGCCAGAUGAUUCAGGAACUGGCCGAUUUUGAGAAGAUGAGCGAUGGUCCAAAGAUAACAGAGAAAGACUUAGUACGCGAUGCUGGCCUCGAUGGAGGUCAAGAAUAUUGUCACAUAUAUGUGCUCGAAGUGCAAACUGAAGAGAAGCCUACACUCGCCAUUAUAGGCUAUUGCAUUUGCUUCUACUCCUACUCAACAUGGCAGGGUAAAACAUACUUUCUUGAAGAUGUUUAUGUGCGUCCCGCAUAUCGUGGCUUAGGUGCUGGUGCUUACAUUUUCCGUGCUGUUGCAGCUAAAGCGAAGGAAUACAAUUGUCAACGUUUGGAUUUUCAUGUGCUCGGUUGGAAUCCGGCGCGUAAAUUUUAUGACCGAAUGGGAGCUAUCGAUUUAACAGAGACUGAGGAAUGGCAUUUUUAUCGUGUAAAUGCUGAGCAAAUUGAAAAAUUGGCCAAUGAGCUGUAAAACUAUUUAAGCAAAACAAUUAAAGCAACAAAAUGGUAAAUUAUUCUAGUAAUGCUGUGCAUAUGCAUACAAACGUUUGUAUAUAUUUGCAUUUUUUUUUUAAUGAUGCAAAUGUGUAUACAUACAUGUGUAUAUACAUGUAAAAAAUUUUGGAGCAACCAAUUUUAUUUUGAAUAAAAUAGCUUUAAUUACAAUGUUUUAACUAAAAUUAAAGUCCAUUAAAUACUAUAUAUUCUUACCCAAAGUUGUAAAUACACUAACCAGAUUAUUUUCAGAAAUGGAAAACAAACCAAAAACUAAGCAUUUAAGCCGGGGAGUAUUUUUCGAAAUUUUAUAGACUUUCUGAGUCUUAUUCAAAUGCAUUCUAGCAUUUAAGAGCGUUUUAUCAUUUCUGGUAACCUAUUUUAGUACAAGCAAACAACAAACUUGAAUAAAUGUGAUGCAAAAAUAUUCAGUAAAAUAUUAGAAAAAGAAUUUGGCUAGUACCUUUCCACCUUAGAGUAAUAAUGUAGUACAUCAGUUCUACAGUAAGCAUAUUUAGCAAAAAUGCAUCAAUGCAAUGAGUCAGUAGUAUCAUUCUCUUAUAGAUUUUAAUAAACAAACUUUUUUGUUUAUGAA